UUGAACGCAGCACAAAACGACAGCAGGCAGAGGUGAAAAGUCUGGAUCAUGUUGUCAUUCCAGCGGAGGCAUGCAUGAACGACAAAGGACCUUGUAAAUAAAGACCACCGAGGCAGUGAGCAGAGCACGUCGAGGUUUUCUCCGUCAAGAGGAGACAUUUAUGUCUUUUUUACCCCAUCAGCUAGCACCAGCUGAAUUUUGUUAGCUAGCUGACGGAGACCCCUGUUAGCUAACCACCUCCAUCGUUGCUCCCAGCCAGCUGUGAAUCGCCCUGUCUUCCUACGAUGGGAAACACAGCAACUGCCAAGAAAGGCAAUGAACAAGAAAGCGAGACUUUUGUGAAAGAGUUCUUAGCUAAAGCCAAAGAAGAUUUUUUAAGAAAAUGGGAGUGUCCAGCACAGAGCACAACGUGCUUGGACGACUUUGACAGGUUCAAGACUCUGGGCACUGGCUCAUUUGGACGAGUAAUGCUUGUGAAACAUAAAGGAACAAACCAGUUCUAUGCCAUGAAGAUCUUGGACAAACAGAAAGUGGUGAAGUUGAAGCAGAUAGAACACACACUAAAUGAAAAGAGAAUACUACAGGCUGUCUCUUUCCCCUUCCUCGUCAGAUUGGAGUACGCCUUUAAGGACAACUCAAACCUCUACAUGGUGAUGGAGUAUGUUCCCGGUGGGGAAAUGUUCUCACACCUCAGACGCACUGGAAGGUUCAGUGAACAACAUGCACGAUUUUAUGCAGCUCAGAUAGUACUCACCUUCGAGUACCUUCACUCCUUAGACCUCAUCUACAGAGACCUGAAACCUGAAAAUCUGCUCAUAGAUCAGCAUGGAUAUAUCCAGGUGACAGACUUUGGCUUUGCCAAAAGAGUAAAAGGGAGGACCUGGACAUUGUGUGGAACUCCUGAGUACCUCGCUCCAGAGAUCAUCCUCAGCAAGGGCUAUAACAAAGCUGUGGACUGGUGGGCACUUGGAGUUCUCAUUUAUGAGAUGGCUGCUGGUUACCCGCCUUUUUUUGCAGAUCAGCCCAUCCAGAUCUACGAGAAGAUUGUGUCUGGCAAGGUAAGAUUUCCCUCUCACUUCAGCUCUGACCUGAAAGAUCUGCUGAGGAACCUGCUUCAGGUCGACCUCACAAAGCGGUUUGGCAACCUGAAGAAUGGUGUGAAUGACAUCAAAAAUCACAAGUGGUUCUCCACAACAGACUGGAUUGCCAUCUACGAGCGAAAGGUUGAAGCUCCCUUCCUGCCAAAGUGCAGGGGACCAGGGGACACGAGCAACUUCGACGACUAUGAAGAGGAGGACAUUCGUGUCUCGCAAACAGAGAAGUGUGCAAAAGAGUUUGCAGAGUUCUAGUGAACAGGCACGAGUCCCAUCAGGGCUCUCGUGUUUGGAGAUAUUUGCACUCUGUUUGAGGGUUAAAGUGGAACUGAGGCCAUCAUGUGCUCAAACAAAUGCCUAGUUCCUUCAUUCCACACAGCUGAAUGAGGUCCUUUUUGCCAUGAUCCUGCGUGCAAUUAGCACUAAUCUAUACACAGGCACAUUAUGCAGACACUCGUGCUGCAUCACAAAGUACUAGACCACAUUUUCAUUGUUUGUCGUCUUUCUUUUCUUGUCUUGUUUGAGACUUUUGAAUCACAAUCCCCCAUGCCCUUCUUUGAGUUUCUAUUCUAAAAAGCAAAUUGAAAACUAAUGUUAUUCCCAUUUUUAAGCGACACAAUGAGUGAUUGAUUGUAUUAGCUGGUGUUACACAUAAUGUGAUUUGAGCUUUGGGGAAUUGAAGGGAUCUUACUUUCUUUUUUGUUGUUGAUGUUUCAAUUUGACAUAGAGGUUACCAGUCAUCUGCCUGUUACGAACCUGAGUGUCAUUUAGGGUACAGUUUGGUAUUCAUUAAUCAAGAACACGUAAACAUUAACCAUUACUCAUCAUUCUGGUGUUCUUAGGGCCUGGAAUAUAUGUAUUAGUACAUUUGAGCAUAUACAUAGAAGAGACAUUUU